GUAUGUCUGUAUUUCUAUGCGUGAUGGUGAAGGCCUCAGACAGAAACAGCCCUGCCUCUCCUGGAAAUUCUUGCCUAGACUACAAAAUUUGAUUCAGGGCUGCUUCCUACCCAACUCAGAGCGGCCUCCAAUGUGCUCAGUCCUGAGCUACUGGGGUAGCCUAAAAGAAAGAACUCCUUAGUCUAAGCGGCCCCGAACUUCAAGUUGUGGGCACUAAGUUAUAAACCUGGUUGAUCCUUUAAGGACACUAAGUAGAAAGCUGACCAGGCAGGGACUGUAGGCUGGAUUCACCCAGAAGCAGACCCCGAAGAAGCCACUGUAAAAACGCAGCCAGCAAGGGUGCAGCCUGGGUGAAGCACAAGCCUCAGACUGACUGCAGAAGGGAUCUGGGGCUGUGCUGAUGCUGCGGUUUGGUUCGUCCUGGUCUUUGCGUUGACCGCUGGCUGUCAGGGAGGGGACAGGUGAGUCCAGGCACUUCCUGCUCUCCAUACUGGCCAGGUCGUUCCCCUGGACACAGGUCAGGCAGAAGCUGAGAGACGGGGCCACAGAGCUGGCGAGAAGCUCUGGACAGGCACGAGGGACAUUAGUGAAGAGGUGCCUAACUCUUCCAUUGAUUCUGAAACCAUCCUAACUCCGUGCUUUCACAGGCAUGAAGCCAGGGUUCCCAGCCCUUCAGCCUGGGCCCGUGGCCCUCUGGUUCCGGGAGAAACUGCUCUCAGGGUACACAAAUGAGCACACACAGGGCCAAGUCACACUGCCCAGUGCGUCCCCUGCCUCCUCCCUGCUGACUCAACGAGGGAGUCACUCAGCGAGCCGGCCAGCGCGCACUGGUGGGUCCAGGCUUACAGGGUGACACCGAGGGGCCUCUACUGGGCCCAGGCCUCAGCGGGGCUUCCCAUACUGCCCGGAAACAGUGUCCUCCAUCCCAGAGGAGCAGGGCUCAAGUUACAGAAGUGAUUUAUUCAGCCGCCUGGGACGAUCAGAGCCAGCGUGGCCCUGCUGCCGGAAGGAGGAGGGCCGGGCCCGAAGGACACCUUCCCACGCUGCUCCAGGCCCGAACCAGAGCCGGACUCCAUAACCCUGUAUGCUGCAGCUCACCUUGUGACCACAGCACCCUGUCAGUGGGGACCUCAAUGGCCCGACUCCCCGCCGGCAUCCGCCUCAUCAUCUCCUUCUCCCGGGAUCAGUGGUACAGAGCCUUCAUCUUCGCGCUGACGUAUUUGCUGUAUGCCAGUUUUCACUUAUCUCGGAAGCCUAUCAGCAUAGUUAAGGGUGAGCUCCACAAGCACUGCACGGCGGGGGAUGAGCCCAGACUCGGCGGCCAGAGUGACAGCAUCCGGCUCGCUGCCCCCCACCAGCUCCAGGACAAUGAGAGCGACUGUGGCUGGGCCCCGUUCGACAAAGACAACUACCAGCAGCUGCUCGGGGCCCUGGACUACUCCUUCCUGUGCGCCUAUGCCGUGGGGAUGUACCUGAGCGGCAUCAUCGGGGAGCGCGUGCCCACCAGGUACUACCUGACUUGCGGGAUGCUUGCCAGCGGAGCCUUUACCGCCCUCUUCGGGCUGGGCUAUUUCUACGAUAUCCACAGUUUGGGGUUCUACGUGGUCACUCAGGUCAUCAACGGACUGGUGCAGACCACUGGCUGGCCCAGCGUUGUCACCUGCCUCAGCAACUGGUUUGGGAAAGGAAGGCGGGGCCUGAUCAUGGGGGUCUGGAACUCCCACACCUCCGUGGGCAACAUCCUGGGCUCCUUGAUUGCCGGCUACUGGGUGUCCACGUGCUGGGGCCUGUCCUUCGUCGUCCCCGGCGCCAUCGUGGCCGCCAUGGGGGUGGUGUGCUUUCUCUUCCUCAUCGAACAUCCCAAGGACAUCCGCUGCACCUCCACCCUGAGCACGCAUUUGAAAGCCUACGAGAAUGGUACAAACAGAUUUAGACUGCAGAAACCAGCGUCGCUCAGAGAAAAGAGCAGGCCCCUGGACCCAGAGAUGCAGUGCUUGCUGCUGUCCGACGGGAAGACCCCCAUCCACCCGAGCCACAUCGUCGUCCUCCCAGGGGACAGCGGCAGCGGCAUGGCCAUCAGCUUCACAGGGGCCUUGAGGAUCCCGGGCGUGAUCGAGUUCUCCCUGUGCCUGCUCUUCGCCAAGCUGGUCAGCUACACCUUCCUCUUCUGGCUUCCGCUGUACAUCACCAGCGUCGAUCACCUCGAUGCCCAGAGGGCGGGCGAGCUCUCCACACUGUUCGACGUGGGCGGGCUCUUCGGCGGGAUCCUGGCGGGUGUCAUCUCCGACCGGCUGGAGAAGCGGGCCUCCACCUGCGGCCUGAUGCUGCUGCUUGCUGCACCCACGCUGUACGUGUUCUCCGCCGUCAGCAGGAUGGGCCUGGAAGCCACGGUAGUCAUGCUGCUGCUCAGCGGGGCGCUGGUCAGCGGGCCCUACGCGCUCAUCACCACGGCCGUCUCUGCCGACCUGGGCACACAUAAGAGCCUGAAAGGAAACUCCCACGCCCUCUCCACGGUGACAGCCAUCAUCGACGGGACCGGCUCUGUAGGAGCAGCGCUGGGUCCCCUGCUGGCUGGGCUCAUCUCGCCGUCCGGAUGGAGCAACGUGUUCUACAUGUUGAUGUUUGCGGAUGCCUGUGCCUUACUGUUCCUGGUCCGCCUCAUCCACAAGGAGCUGAGCUGCCCGGGGCCAGCAGCGGGGAACCAAGCUCCGCUGAAGGAACACUGAGCCCGAGUCCCGGGGAGGAGCUGGGCCCGUCCUUCACAAGCUGUUCCUCGCACGACACUAAGCCAAGGAUCCUGUCUUGCCCAGAAUGACACAGAGCCGAGCUGGGACCUCUGGGUCCGAGUAAGCAGAUGGGCACCCAGGACAGCGGCGGGCAUCACAGGGCCACUGCGACUGCAUCACUGAGCCCAAGACGGACACAACCGGCCAGCCCCAGCCUGGCAGCCCUAUAUCCCCUGGUCGCCUGAUACGACGUGCGACAGCGUGAAGGUGACCCGUGCCCCUGGGCAGGGUCCCUGUCAGGUGUCCCAGCGUCCAGUGCUGAAGCCACAGCCUGUGCAGCGGGAGCUCCAGCCGUCGGGUCCUUCCCUGAGAGCCUGCACAUGCCGGGACACACCAGCUGCACGCAGCGCUGGGAAACGUGGGCCCUGGUCAGAAACCGAGACUGAUGCAGGCCUCAGGAGUCACCCGGGGCUUCCUCCUGCUCGUCUCUGCUCGGUGCUGACCUGGAAACUGCAGGCAUCCAGCAGGGAACAGCCGUGAAGCAGUGAGCUAGCGACGGCACGGAGGCACCGGGACGCCGAGCUCCUGCCACCCAGCGCCUGCCACGCUGCGCAGCACGAGUCGGGUCCAGGGCGGCCAGGCCUGGGCCGAGGCUGCCUCCGAGACGCGCCAACACCCGGGCUGUUUCUAGAUAUGUAGCCAUGGCGGGUUAUUUAUUUAAAAUGCGUCUUGUGUUACAUAAGGUUGAAGACCUGUAAGUGGCAUUUUGUUAUUUAUUAAGACAAGCUGCAAUGGUUCUCUGGCCAUUUGUUUUUUGGGGGUUGGAUCUAGCAAAAUACUUACCUGGUAUUAGAAAAAAAU